AUGUCUUCUGCGAAGCUGAGCAAAGCUCAUCGAAUGCCUAAGCCUGAAGAGAUCCUCGAUAAAGAUACGGGGGAGAGGAAAGAUUUGACAGACAUGAUGCAUGCUUUCACCUUCAACGAAACCAUGGACACCAUCGACGAGAAGGUCUACGAAGAGACCCUUGAUUACGACUAUUCAAAACCUGAUGGAACCGCAAUGCUCAGUGGUGUAUCACCGGAAGUCUGGCUAAACAUCGCGUCUUUCCUGACACCCUUCGAUCUAGUGCGACGCUCAUGGGCAUUUGGACCGGAAUUCGGUAUCAAACACCAAACUCUGGCACGAAGAUGGAAAGACCCAUACUCGGAGUGGACACACGAGAGCAUGUAUCAUGUCACGGAAAAAGGCCACGUGAUGAUGCGAAUCAAGUCACAACGCUAUGUCGAGGGAGGUAUGACAACUGCAGCGAAGCGCAUGGCAUUAUUCAGUCGGGGCGACUACACUCCGUACUUCAGUGUCUGCUCACACUGGAAGGAUGGCAUACUGACCUCAAUACCUAAAUGCGCGCUGGACCAUAUCCCGUUUGAGCAGCUCCCGGACGCCCUCACACAACUCAAAGCCAAGGUUGGCGCAAGGAAGGCGAGCGGGUUUGUCAGUCUGUGUAGCCGCUGCAGGCCUAUGCGUCGCUGCCCAAUGUGUCCAACAGAAUACGUAUUCGAGCUGAAGCUUGUCGAGGACAAGACUGUGAAGAUCCAGUCUCCGGACCGGUUUAAGCAAGCUUUGAUAGCCACAAGGUGGAGCGACUUAGGCCCGGGCCGAUCACCGGAUGACAAGGAAUGGGCUGCGAUAAGCGGGGAGAGUGACAGUUAUGACAGCUUCCUAGAGAUCGGACGACGAGCUGUCAGCGGCGUCUUCGAGAGCGCGUUCACAGACAACCCUCCGGGUCAGCGGAUACUCUCUUCUAAUCCUAAAAAGGUCAAGGCCGAUGAGAUUGGAGGUGACUGGUAUUGA